AUGCCUCCAAGUCGACCGCAUAUUGAGGGAAAGUGUCAAGUGUGUAACGAGCCGACUUGUGGCUAUCAUUUCGGGGUGAUCUCGUGUCGUGCUUGUGCUGCCUUCUUCAGACGCACUGUUGCGCUGCAACUCAAAUAUCGAUGUCGAUUCGAACAGCAUUGCGUCAUUGAUAAAUCCGUUCAACUGAAUCGCGAUUCAAUUAGUAGCACAAUAAAGAAACGAAAGAGUGUGAUAAUUGGCACUGCGAUGCCGUCAUCGCCAAGCAGCAGCGGUGCAUCGAUGUGUAAGGCACCGCAGCCAUCUGAACGAGACGUCAUCAUGGCCAGAGUGAGCAAUAUUUUCGAAUGUACAAUAUUAGACGAUGAUGUCGAGAACGUAUCGAUUCUGGACACGAUGCUCUUCGGAUAUGAAGAGCUGUUGGAGCAGCGUGAAACGGUGCACGCGAAUGCGAGCAUUCUCUCGACGAACGAUUGCAUGACUGAGGAGGAAAAAGAACGACUACUGAUUCACAACUGUGAUACAUUUGUACGAAUGACUGAAGAUGAAAUUGGACUAAUCGCUCGAAUGACCACUUAUUUUAGACCAUUUCUGAAACUACCAGCCACUCAACGGAUGGUACUUUUUGAACGAUUCUGGAUGCAUUUCGUGAAGCUGGAACGUGCGUACGUAGCGUUCAAGAACCUUGGUGAUGAUACGACUGACGAUCGAGUGAUACUCUUCAAUGGUCAAGUGACUUCUCAAGACGAAUGCUUACCGGCUCUUGAGAAUAUGAGUAAUGUGGACAAAUCAGCGCUGGAAAGGAUGUUCUCAUCGUCACGUGACCUCACCAAAUAUUCCAUAUAUGCCCCAUUAAAACGGAUCAAACCAACCGAGAAGGAAUUCAUUGCGAUUUGCGAAAACGGUUUGUCUGAGGAUUUCCACGAUAUUGCGCGUGAUGCACGUAAUCAGAUAUUCUCGUGUCUUCAUCAGUACUACAUCAAUGAAAUGGAUCUAUCUAACUAUGCUCCUCGAAUUGGUGAAUUCAUGGCUCUCGUAUCAGCAGUUGAGCGAUCGGUCACGCAAAGGAAAGAGAAUGCGCUCAUAAUUGAUCUCUUUGACGUUCUUCGAUUCGGUAAAUCAUUUGUUGCUAUGUUCAGAUAA